UUUUUGUUUCCCCGUCCGCCCACGUUUUUUUCUCCCUUAUCCAUUGCUUCUGGAUUAAGCUUUCUUCCUACGCUCUCCUGAUCCGAUCUGGUGUCGUUUUGCGGAUUCGCAGUGGUUUUAUUUUGACGGAGAAGCGGGAAAGCUUUGAUCUUUGGUGCCAUGGCCGCUGCAACUUCUUCGGUUCAAAGGGACCUUCUUUCUCCUUGCGGGAUCCGUUCUUCCCGACUUUCGCAUGCGGUCUCGAUUCGAUCUUCAUCUCUUAAGUUUGAGCCUUGGCCGUCUUCUAGGGAUAACAUGUUCCAUGGAGGGAGGCUGAUCGUUGGCUCGCCGAGAGGUAUGCCCUUGAAAGGCCACCUCGCUUCUAGCUCUACACAGAUGGGUCUUUCUUUCAAGAAGGCAAUCCAAUGGUGGGAAAAGGGUCUCCUACCCAACAUGAAGGAGAUCGAGUCAGCGGAGGAUCUCGCUAACUCUUUAUUGAACGCCGACGACCAGCUGGUUGUGGUGGAUUUCUUCUCCCCUGGUUGCGGAGGCUGUAGAGCCCUCCAUCCUAAGAUUUGUCAGAUCGCUGGGUUGAAUCCAGAUGUUUCAUUCCUCCAAAUAAACUAUGAGCUACACAAGUCCAUGUGUUACAGCAUGCAUGUUCAUGUCCUACCUUUCUUUAGAUUUUAUCGAGGAGCGCAGGGGCGCCUGUGUAGCUUCAGCUGCACCAAUGCAACUAUUAAGAAGUUCAAAGAUGCUUUGGCCAAGCACAUCACAGACAGGUGUAGCCUUGGGCCAGCCAGGGGGCUGGAAAAGGAGGAGCUCUUGGCUUUGGCUGCAAACGAAGAUCUCUCCUUUAACUACCCCAGCAAUCCUGUUCCUUUCCUUGAUGAGGUUGCAGAGAGAAGUGCAUCAACUCUCCCUAUGCCUGUGUUCGCUCAGGAUGCUGACAACAAGGCUUUGGCUUUGGCUGGAAGAUAGACACUGCUGUGUGUCUGUCUACCGCACGAUCCAUUACACUUUGCUUGUAAAUAGAUGUCCUUACAAUUAGGUGUUUGUGCAGGCUGUUUUUUUAGUUUCAGGAGCCUGCUGGUUUGUGUUGAAUAUGUUGGUGCUGAGCAGUCUUUAAGUUGGAUAUUGUUCCUCUAUUGACAGCUCUUCUGAUCUUCUACGUAUUGGAAUUGUUAUAUACGUGUAUGGGUCUGCUAUCUUUCUUCAAAAAGUUAUAUUACUUUGUUGAGGCUGCCUGCUUA